ACCAAAAUAAUUGUGUCAAAUGUUUCAAUUUUUUUUGUUUACAAAUAAUCCGGGACAAUUUAAAAAUUUAUCCAUAUUUCAGCCCUCCAAAAAAUAUUGUUUGCUUGAACUUAAAAAAAUAUAAAAAAGGGGGAAAAAAGAAAAUAAAAAAGGGGUUUUGGUAACGUAGGUUAACACGAAUUCCUUAAGGUAGCCUCGACAGUAUCAUUUCCAAUGCAAAUCCAGAAGAGAGGAAACGCUCGGGAACUUUUGAUUGAUAGCGAUAACGACACUUAACCCCCCCUCUCUCUCCUCUUCUAUUCUCUAGUCUCUCUCUCACCCAGGAGAGAGAAUCCUAACAAAGAUAGGAAUCCUUGAUACCAUAACCCUCUGCGAAUCCUCGGGUCCUUUCUACGUGUAACUGUUCGAGAACAACCUUAGCUGAUACAAAGAGGAAAAAGUUAGAAGAACGUAAGGUGUGAUGGCCUCAGAGAGGGAAUAUUUCGACCUUUCAGGACCCUUACAUCUAAGUAAUGUUGACUGGAAAAAUGUGGAUCACCGAAGGUCUGUUGCUGCCAGUUUGGUUCAGGGUGUCUAUAUUCUAGAGCGGGACCGCCAGGAGAAAAGGCAAGGACCCCAAGCUCUUGCUCCUCCUUGGUGGGAGUUCUUUGAUUUUCAAUUAUGUCGUCAGUUAGUGGAUGAUGCUGAUUUCUCCAUAUUUGGUGCCAUUUAUGAAUUCAAACCUGCAGCAUCCAACUGCAAAGACUUGACAAAUGGAAAUCCGCAUUAUAUAAUCGCAUUUCGAGGCACCAUAACCAAAGGAAAUGCUUUUUCACGAGAUGUUGAAUUGGACCUCCACUUCAUCCGAAACGGACUUCACCAGACGUCUCGCUUUGAGAUUGCCAUUCAAGCUGUCCGGAACAUGGUUGCAACAUAUGGAAAUUUGAAUAUCUGGUUAGCUGGUCAUUCCCUGGGGUCAGCCAUGGCAAUGCUUGCUGGAAAGACCAUGGCCAAGACGGGUGCUUUUCUUGAAGCUUUUCUCUUUAAUCCACCAUUCGUUUCUGCUCCGAUAGAGAGAAUCAAGAAUGUGAAAGUGAAACAUGGGAUCCGAAUUGCAAGUAGUGUGAUCACUGCAGGAUUUGCUUUCGCUAUGAAGGUUAAGCAACAAAACAAUCAGCAACAAAACAAUCGCUCAGUAGAUACCUUCGUUGCUUUGUCUGCAUGGACACCAGGUCUAUUUGUGCAUCCCGAUGAUCACAUCUGCUCAGAAUAUAUAGGGUAUUUUGAACACAGGAAAAAGAUGGAGGAGAUUGGAGCGGGAACUAUCGAGAGGUUGGCAACCCAGCAUUCAAUUGGAGGUCUAUUUAUGAAUGCAAUUGGGAAGGAGUCUGAAGAGGCACUGCACCUCUUACCAUCAGCAAAUCUAACGCUUAAUUUAACUCCGGCAGAAUUCUUUGAAGCCCAUGGAAUUCACCAGUGGUGGAAACCUGAUCUGCAGUUGAAGUCCAUGCUUUACAAGUACAGAUAAUGUGUUUGACAAAUGUGGUGAUUUUUUUUUUUUUUUUUUUUUUUGUUUCCUAGUUGGGAAACUCACACACACUGCCUCCACUGUGGUUAGAACUCCUAACCUCCCUUCGAGAAGUAGGAGCCUUGUACCGCUAGGCCACAGCCCUAUUGGUAAUGUGGUGAUUCUUUCUUUCUUUCUUAUUUGCAUAUUUUGCGGCAUUGGAGAUUUGCUUUGUGGUUUUCCUUGCAAUGGGUAAUGGGGCCUAGUUUUAUUGUCUAUAUGUAUCGUCAAUCAGUUUAUGUAAGCCCUGCAAAUUUUUAUGCACUUAUUCAAGGAGAUUAUCUCUUGUUAUUCAUUUA